CAUCACCAGUUCUGAGAUAACUUUCAAACCGAGAGGUUCAGCUUUCUAUUGAGCAGUCCAGUUGCGCGACACGGAAGUGUGAAUAUUGUGUGUGCUAUCCAGCAGAAAAAAAGGAAAAGGGCAUCCGUUUCAUCAAAGUUUUGCUAAAAGUUCGAAGCCUACUGUGUGCGUUUCCAUUGUCUUCGAGGAGCCACGGAAAUUUCUUUUGAAAAUUGUGUUUUUCCAAGUGAAGUUCAACCAGCAGUGCAGAAAGUGAUCUGUAGCCAGGAGGUUUCCUUGGCCCAAUAAUUGUGCCUAGUUAUUCGUGUAUGGGCAAAAGUGCAACGUGCUUGAAGUUGAAAUUAAUGUUGGAAUAGCUAAAUUCCUCAGUAAUUUGUUAUAACAUAAGAAAAUUGGCUCCUUCCAAAAGUGGAAGUCUGUCGAUCCAUUGUGUCUACAUUGAUUGAGGUGAAAGUGUUGGUGUGCAGUUUGCUUGUCUAGCCAAACCACGAAAAGAAAAAGUUUUGUGGGAGCAUUCGUUAAUUUUCAGCAGUGGCAGUGAAAGAAAAGUUACGAAAAUUCAGCAAUAUCCAGUCAAACAGUCCCAACUCAUCGGUGGUACUUUUUUGGUGAUCUGAGACGGAAGCAAGUGCUCUCAAUUUGACCCGUAUUCACGUAACACGGUACCAACCCGUUACCAAGCUCAAUUCAAUGUGUAUGGCUAUUUUGCUGUGGCGGCUCGUUCCAACCUCUAUGGAGUUUCAGCUAGACAGCGCAGAAUACUGCCAGGCACAACACAAAUAAGCUGCACGCACCCGUUGCGGUACGCGCCCUCAGAGAUCGAUCCCGUUCGCGGACGCAUAGUCGUACAAUCGCCGAGGCCGUCACCGCCACUGUCGUCGACCCAUAAGUUCAUACACUCACCACCCGUCCCAUUCAUUUGGAGUUGUGAAUCAUCGUAAACCCCCACCCCCCCUGCGAGGCAGUGUGUGAGAGCGAGAGAGAGAGCAGAGGAGGAGAAGAAGAAGAAGAAGAACGAAGAACGUAGCAGUGAUCGACCGGUCGACUAGCAGCAGGAAGUGCAACCGUUGUGUUUAGGAGUUAAGGAAACGAAAAGGAAGUAAACAGUUGACGCACUCUGCCGAAAUAGCCCCUCGUUUUUUUUUGUCGAAGGAAAGUGCUGGGACCAAUAGAUCGAGCGAGUGUGUCAUCAGUGUGCCCUUUGGCGAAUAAAAGUAGGUCUACAAGUAGGAAAGCAGUUGAAAAGUUUACGAAGAAUAGACUGGACUUGAGCACAAAAUCGUUUCUCGGUGUCAAUCAAAAGGAUCCUUCGGAUUGUCAGUUUCACAUUUGAGCUAAAUUUACCAGUUCCAACAUCCUGUUUCGAUUGAGCCCCCGGAUUCCCCAGUAUAACUUUGCUUCGUGACGAGAGAAACAGACGCGAAAUUCGGUGUCAACCAUAUUACUUGUGGAAAUAUUUACAAUAAUUGUAGUAUCUUAAAUAUUCAGAUGAUAAGUGGAGAAUCGAGUUACUAUUAUCAACUACUUUGCUACGACUCGGUGGCUGAACAUUUUGCGGACUAAACGUGAUCGUUUCUUCGCAGAACAUAGAACAGCCAGAUCAAUCGAAUUAAUUCCGAAGCAAUCGUUUCAUGAUAACAGCAAAGAUAGCAUCAUAAGCGCAUAAACCAACUCUAGUGAAGCACACACAUACACAGACACACACACAAUCUAUUCACGCUAUCCAUCGACGCAACAGGACAUUGAAUCAUCAUAAAAUCAGAUCGUACAUCGCACUGCAUCGCAUAAUCAUCUAAUUGUCGUCUAGCAUUAUUCUCAUCGAUAUAAGAAAAAGAAAGGAGCAUCAUCAAAACCUUAAGAAGGGUUACAGUUUAUCGAAGUCUCCUUCGAAAAUAAAUGUGGAGUGUAAAAAUUCUGAAUUGAACGUACAGACGGUCUCAGGUCAACCGAAGAAAACGAAAUUGUAUAGAAAUUAGUGACGUCGUUUCGCAAGCACCAGAGUAAACGGAACAAAACCAAGGUCCCAUCAGCGUCAGUUUCAAUUACCAAACAACCGAACCGAACAAACUCUUACGAACGUUCCGAAGAUUGGACUGAAUCAUCACUGCUUGUUGUGUUUACCGACGAGAAACCACUGAGCAGAAUUGGAGAUUAAAGCAGGACAGUGCGAGCUCGCCUGGGAGAUUCUUCGCAGCAGCCGCUCUGAGGCACUGAAAGUCGGGGGACAGACACUGCGUCGCAAUACUGAGAGUGCCCUGCUCCGUCCGGACGUUGGAAAACAGUCGUACGCGGCCGAAUAUUUGGUGUGAUCUAUCCUUCGGUUCAAGCUAUCUGUCGUGUUGAAACCAGCAAGCGAGAAUAGCCACCGCUAGAAUCGGAAUAUUCUAUUAUUUGUGAUAUAGCAUACAUCAUAUAUAUUUUUUUAAGCAAUUGAUUUUAAUCUCGCUAAUCCAAGCAAGCAAACCAUUCGGCGCAGCGCAGUGAUUUUAUCCGGAGAGUAAGACAGACUCAACCAGCGAAGAAAACAUCGUUUCCGAUAAGAAAAGCCGACAAGAGAUACUCAAUUACUAAGCUACCGUUACUACUUCUCGGGUGAUAGCGAUUCGUACUAGCGCGUGAGCAUCUAGCUUGGCCAGCCAAACUCGCAAAAUCCAAACCUUGAUAUCGGAGUCAAUCCAUCUUCCGAGCGCGGACAACGUUUAAUGACCACCGUCAUCAUGCGUCAGAAGGAUAUCCGACCAGCGCCAGCCCGGAUCGAAUUCAAGGGCAUGAAGUUCCUGAUAACGGACCGCCCCUCUGAUCACAACAUCCAUGUCUACAUUGCGGAACUGAAGAAAAACAACGUGUCAGUGGUGGUCCGGGUGUGCGAGCCCAGCUACAAAAUCGAGGAACUAUCAAACCAGGGCAUCCAGGUGCGAGACCUUGCCUUCGAGGAUGGAACCUUCCCUCCGCAGAACAUCGUUGAGGAGUGGUUCGAAAUUUUGAAGCAAAACUUCUUGUACAGAUUCCAGGACGACCCGGAGGCUUGCGUAGCGGUGCACUGUGUGGCGGGACUUGGCCGGGCACCGGUUCUGGUGGCACUGGCACUGAUUGAGUUAGGACUUAAGUACGAGGCAGCCGUGGAAAUGAUUAGAGAUAAAAGGAGAGGUGCUAUCAAUGCCAAACAACUAUCAUACUUAGAAAAGUAUAAGCCCAAGUCACGACUAAAGCACAAAAAUGGUCACAAGAAUUCGUGCUGCGUGCAAUAAAACUAUCAAAAAUCCCACCAGUUAAAGUGUUCAUUUUAAACGAAAUCUAAAACGAGAAAGAAAGCCGACAGCAGAGAGCGUAGAUCGCUGAUUGAAUGGUACGAAGCGCUUGGUUUUCGUGAAGGUGCCAGAUAGCGCGAAUAAAAUAGACCACUAGAUGGCUUGAAAACGACGAUUCAGAAAAGAAAGGUAGUGGUCUCACUUUACCAAUGUUUAGCAAAAAAUAACAGGAGAUCGAUGAAGCUAGUAAAAGGAAUGAAUUGAUGAAAGGAAAAAAAAAACAGACAAACACAUACAACACAAAAAGAGAUGAACAGAGAAAAGCAGCUGAACAGUAAGGCAAAUUAUAUAUACACGUAAAUAAAACAAAAGGAACUAACUAAUUAAUUGCAUAUAUAAUUAGAAAAUGGCAGAUAAAUAAUACUAUCCCAAUAUUGUAUGAGUAUAUAAAUUAUUGAAAAAUGCAACUACUUUUUUAACACGUACGAAACCAGCUACUCAUUUACUGUACUAGUGAUGCAAGGCGCAGGGAUGUUUUGUCGUGGACUGGACCUUGGACGUUCGUUGGACUACUGUGCGAUGUCGAUCGCAGCUUGUGCGGACUCGUAGUAACAGCAUUGUUUAGUUAAAUUAUUACAGAUUCGAUAAUAGGUAAUACGCUCGCAUGCACACUUACACACAUACAUACAUACAUACACAACCAGAAUUAGAGUAAACACCAAUAGCCAGGACCAUUGAUUUAAAUCAACUUGCUAACGGGGAUAACGUUUGCUAGUCGAACAAAGUACCGAAAGCAUGUGCAAUAUUUUGUCACCGUACCAGAGAUUUGUAAAUGUUAUAGGAAAAUCUUAUCGUAAAAAUUGUACCAUAGUUAUUAUUUUUUCAAACAUUACUGCAAUAGCCAAUCGUGCUGUGGGUUAGUCGUUGUGGAUUAGUAUACUUCCGUUGGUGGGUGGGACUGAGCUAGUUGACAUUGUAACCAAAAUAGUUUUUGUUUUGUUGUUGUAUUUUCUUUCAUUAUUCGUGAUUAUAGUGUUUUCGUUUAUAAAGCCAUUAUAAAGCAGUAAAAUAUUAAAGAAAAAACGAGACUGCUAUACAGUGUUUUGCAUUUAAACUGAAGCGAACUUAAAUAGGACACUUUGAAAUUCGACAUUGGUCUUUCAAUGGCGUUUAAAAAUCUGCCAGCGCACUUUUAUUUUCCGCGUUAUCGUUGAGUGGCGUUUACUCGAUGGCCUUUCAUGUCUUUGACAAGCUAGUUUGGAGGCUGCAAAAGGUUUAAGGUCAAGUUCAGACGUUUGACACUGAACAACGUACAACGAAUCGGUUGGUUUCGCAACUGAAUUGGGUACUCGUGUGAACAAGCGUCAAGCGUCAAGUACGCCAUGAUUUCGAGCUCUCGUUGGAAUCAAAAACGUCGUUGUGAUGGUGUUCAACAGACAUAUCUCGACAGAUUGAUCAAUAGUAAGAAAUAGAAAUUUUGCAAAAUAUUCCUUACGCCAAUAGAAGUGAGAAUCCCACUACGGCUUCCCGUACACACUAGUUAUAAUGGAGUAACAGACAAGCACGCAAUAUUUCGUAUUUUCCUCAUCAGUUAAGCCAUAAUUUAGAAUUGUGUUCACUAAACAGACACCAAAUAUCGCCUUAAGGAGCGUGCUUACAUUCUGCAAAUAGAACAAUCAAUCGUUUCUAUAGUAGCAAUCGCUUCUGUCAAAGUCCGUUAUUACACCGUAUGCUAUUUAUUUAGUAUAAUUUUAGUUCCAGCAAUACCGACGAAACCAACUCUUAAGUUUGCGACAAAACGUCCCGCCUAAGUCUAAUGCUUAAAGAAUUGCAGGCGUUCCUUCCUUGAUGGGAGCACCAGUGUUUCUAAUAUUAUUUUUUACCACAAUUUACCUUUAGUCAAAUCAAGUACAGACACUGAAAAACUUUAAACCAAUUAUGUUAAUUCAAACCAACACCGACAAAAGGGUUAUCCCUUCAGAACCCGAUGAACCGCGCAGCAUGAACGAAGAAGGCACAUUAGUAUAUCAACAACUAAAGUAAAUCUAUAAUGGUAAGAAUGCUGACGAAACUAAAAAAAAUACGCUAAUAAGAAAGCUAGGACAAGGCAAGGACCCACGCUCUAGUCUUGUGCGAUAACCGUUGUACUAAAUUUUACCAAAAAAAAUGUAGGUAACAUUCACAUUCAUUCUGAUCGCAAACACACGAAACACCGCUGUGAGAUGGAAAGCACUUACUACUUCCGUUUUUUGUUAUUUUGUUUUCUCGUAUCAGUCUCAGCUGAGAAAAUGAUGGAAACUAAUUUUUGAUACAUGUGUUUAGAACAGGUUUAGAACAAGCUUACUUAAGAGAAAACUAAGUACUAUUUUAUCUCAUUGAUAUCAUAUAAUAGCAAAUGAUAUGGAAGUGGAAGAAAACAUACACACCCAGAGAAAUAUAUUUAAACAAUAAAAGUAAAAAAAAUAUUGCAUGUUUAUCGAGCGUUUACAUUGAACAUAACUUAAAGCAAGAUAAAACGACUAUGAACAAAAGCAGAUCAUAACUUUCUUGUUACCGGCAAAGAAAGCCGUUCUCCCCAAUAUCAAUGUCAACUCAAUCAGCAAUAAUGAAAAAUAAGUCUAUUUAAUUCAGUCGCAUCCAGAACAACAACUCGUCUGCACAUCUGUGUCUGAAAGUGGCUUUUUACGCAGUGAGCCUUUUGGAACAAUUAAUCAGUGGUGAAGAAUAAUUCUAAAACAUCAAUAGUAUUGUUGCUUUCACGCGCCAAACACGAUACACCAACUUUGACUUCCCGGUUGACAUGCUAAUGCGAAUAAGAACUAACCUGCCUAACAUUAGUUGGUAACCCGAAGCAAUACUACUACGAAGUCACGCGAAAACGGGAUAUUUCCAGCACUGGACGCCUACGUUGAUCACGCUGUGCGUGUCAAACUGCACGUGCCUGCAUGCGUUGCUUGAUCAAAUUUUACUAAACGGUCGCCUCUGCCCUCGAACUCUCUCACACACUCACAAACACGUUUCUUCCGGUGAUAGACAGUUUCAGAAUCAGAUGACUGUUUGUCAACAAGUCGGUGAAAAUUGUUUUGCUGAAUUAUAAAUACACACAAACCCAGGGGGUAAUUAAAUUACCCCCCUCUCGAAAUGGUUCAGGACUAGAUCUUAAUCUCGAUACAUUGUCGUAAAAUCGAACACUUUUUCUGUCUAUACAUCAUAAGCAUCAUUAGCGAGCAUUACCUUUCUAAUCGUUUCCUUACUGUCACUUUUAGGGCAAAACCAUAACGUGAUUGCUUUACUUCCCCAUCCCUUAAGUUAUUGAACAUGGAAUUUGUCUCUGCGACCAAUAGGUGUGAAUACCAGUGGUCACAUAUUUUACAAACGUAUCGUCAAAAACAAAUAAAAUAAUAACAUCAAAGCUGUGAACUGUUUUAGACCAUGAGGUAAGCACCAUAAAAAUUGAAAAAAAAACGAAACAAAAAAGAAACCAUCACGAAUGACGAAAUAUUUUAUUACUUUAUCUGGGGUCCCAUUCAGAGAUUUCCGAAUUCUUGGGUAAGGAAGAAAAAAAAACUGCUAAAAAGAUAGGCAUUUCUCAAUUUUUCGGCAACAACAGAACUAAUUGUUAACGGUUGAUAAGUAUAGAGUUACUUUUCAAAUGCAAGUCGAUCACUGAAAGUAUAGAAAUCAUUCACACUACAUACAACUGGGUAAAAAUAUACUUAAUAAUGUAAGUAAUGAAAUGAGGUAAACAUAUUAAAAAAGAAAGCAAAGCAUGAAGAAGUGAAACAAUAUUAUACUGAAAUAGAUAUUGUAAUUUUAUGAAAAAAGUAAUAAAGACGUUGUCUUAUUUGUGUCUCAUUUCUAA